GCUAAGGAGGGCAGGCAAAGCGGAGCUGCUAACGGGGAGCCUUGCUCAGGGCUUCCACAACAGAGAGUAGGACUGAGCCGGGUAGGAAAAGGCUUGGAAAGGAGCUCAAGUGCUAGUAAAGCUUCCAGGGAAGGCCUGGAGGCCAAGACUUACUUACUUACUUACUUACCCAAAUACAUCCGAGAGGGAUUUUUGGAAUCAGUGCUUCUCUUCGCACGAGUGAGGCUGCCAGGACCGGGUGCAUCAUCACCCCCUGGGUAGGUAGCACCAGGCCCCAACAAUAUUGCCAGCAUCCCUGCCUGGCCAUGGAACACGGAUCAUCCCGGAGAAAAAUGUUAACGUGCCACUGGCAGAGCACGUUCAGCAUCAGAGAGGUAGCAGCUGUAAAUACCCUCAGCAAACACUGCUAUCUCCAACCCUGACCAAGGAGCAGGCCUGAAAAACGCACUUCCAGUCACAUAUUGCCGUUUACUAAAUCCUGAAUUGCCAGCUGCCUCCUUAUAAAGGGAGAAAAAUAUAGCUGUAAGUGAGGUAGCUACUACCCACAAGCAUGUAAGCUUGAGAAUCCCUCAAUAUAUUGAGAGGCAAAAUUAGCACAACCGCGCAAAAUUCCGGCUGAAACGUAUUAACUGGCGAGGCAGGAUUUCUUUAGUGUGUAGCCUAUGUCUAUAAACCUGGUUUGCUCCCAUUGUAAAGAGAAAUGAAAUCACGCUGCAAAUAGCAAUUUUAGCGAGAAUCAUUAAUCACCUCCUACAAUAAAUACUUCUUUGUAAUUCAACAGCGGUUCUGAAAGGCAUUCUCUUGGAAAAGUCUGUGAAGACGCAAAGGAUUUUCCCGGGAAAAAAAAAAAAAAAAAAAGCGGUCAUGUGUAAAGACACAGCAUCUUGGCUGUCUGCUAAAAAAAUGUACACUCUCUUGCUGGAGAUUGAACCGCGGACUGCAAAAUACCCCCAUGGCAGAUUAUCGUCGUUUAAGGGAGCCCCGAAAAGAAGCCGCUCGGCUGGGGCGGUGGAAGCUGGGAGCGCUUCAGCCCAACUCCGCGCAGCUGGAGGAGGUCUGCCCGGAGAGGCCAUUGGAGGAAGAGCGCCACGUGACAGAGGGGUGCCAAUGUUAUUCUCCAAGGGUGUCAAGACCCUGUCAGUUUGCGAAAUAAAUAUUGGGAAACAACGAAAUGCAAAAAGCGACCUACUACGACAGCUCUGCAAUCUAUGGUGCCUACCCCUACCAAGGAGCAAAUGGUUUCACUUAUAAUGCGAGUCAGCAGCAAUAUCCUCCAUCUUCAUCACUUGUGGAAACUGAGUACCACCGCCCCGCGUGCUCCCUCCAGUCCCCCGGCAGCUCCGUGUCCCACCACAAGGCCAAUGACAUCAGUGAGAGUUGCAUGAGGACCCUCCCCAGCCAGCCUCUCCAGCCCCCUGGCCUCGCUGACCCGCAGGCCCCACCACAGCCGCCUCCGGCCCAGCAGGCACAACCUCCACCUCCGUCCUCCACCUCACCAUCUCAAAAUGCCAGCAGCAACCCUGCCCCGGCCAACCCCACCAAGAGCCCGGCUCUUAACUCGCCCACUAUGUCCAAACAGAUAUUCCCGUGGAUGAAAGAAUCUCGGCAAAACACAAAGCAGAAAAACAGCAGUUCCAGUUCAGGUGAGAGUUGUGCUGGUGAUAAAAGCCCUCCGGGGCAAGCCUCCUCUAAGCGAGCCCGUACAGCUUACACAAGUGCCCAGCUGGUAGAACUGGAAAAGGAGUUCCACUUCAAUAGGUACCUUUGCAGGCCACGAAGGGUAGAGAUGGCUAAUUUGCUCAAUCUCACAGAAAGACAGAUCAAAAUCUGGUUUCAGAACCGCAGAAUGAAAUACAAAAAGGAUCAAAAGGGCAAGGGCAUGAUGACCUCUUCAGGAGGACAGUCCCCAAGCAGAAGCCCUGUCCCUCCAGCUGCUGGGGGAUAUCUAAACUCUAUGCAUUCUUUAGUAAACAGUGUCCCCUACGAGCCCCAGUCGCCUCCGCCAUUUAACAAGCCUCAUCAAAACACCUAUGGCAUCCCUGCAUCGUAUACCGCUCCUCUUAAUAAUUGCCCACCUCCUCAAAAGAGAUACACGGGGACGGCAGCUGUGACACCUGAAUAUGAUACUCAUCCUCUUCAAGGCAACGGUUAUGGGAAUCCACAUAUACAGGGAAGCCCCGUCUAUGUAGGGGGCAACUAUGUGGAGACCAUGACCAAUUCCGGGCCUUCCAUCUUUGGUCUAACUCAUCUCCCUCAUCCUCCCUCUGCCAACAUGGACUACAGCGGGGCUGGGCCAAUGGCCAACAAUCACCACCAUGGACCUUGCGAUCCGCACCCAACAUACACAGACCUUACCGCUCACCAUCCUUCUCAGGGAAGAAUUCAGGAAGCGCCCAAACUCACCCAUCUGUAAGAGACAGGAGUCACUAAAUGGAACACCAAGCCCCCAGCUUUUGGAAAGUACUCACCCCUCCCCUUCUCUCUUUCCUCCCCCCACCAUGUGCCCUCCCCUCUCCUUCUCGUUUCUUUUGUUCGUUUUGGUUUGUUUUGUUUCCUUUGGUAAAAGCGUUUUCUAGUUUAUGUGACGUAGCAAUAUUUGUUGCUUGAAUUGCUCUAUAGUUUCACUAGUGGAUAUUUAUCUUCUUGAACUGUAGCCUUGUGUCUCACUUUGGGAGUAUGCAGAGGCUUUAUACUUUACCUUCUACACUUUUAUCAAAACAGGGUAUAUGAACAAAUUUUCUAUAAAAGGAAUUCUUAAAUGUGAAUUUGUUCGUACAUGAUUGAUCCCACGGGGAAGCAAUUUUUUUUAUUGCACUUCUUUUAAAUAGCGAGAAAGACAUCAAAAGCGCUUGGACAGGGACUCCCUGGACAAUUAUUAAUACGUGUAAGUCUUUCAAUGUGUGUAUGCUGGUGAACAUUCAGAUUUAUUUAUAUUUUUUUUUGCAAACAUUGAAUAAUCUAAGUGUUUAAAAUUUUAUUUAUCCCCAUUUGUUCAUAUUUAUAUAUAUAUAAAAAAUCUGUACCCUGAAUAUUCAGGAAGUAUUUACCUGGCCAUAUGUUAGAUGGCAUAUCGGCACGCAUAGGAGAUAUCAUUUGAAAGGAAACUAUAACUCCUUUUAUUAAAAAUGGUGAUAACAAUGAUGAUGAUGACGCAAUAAAAUCUGGGAAAAAGAUCACGGUUUGAAUACUUUAUGCUUGUAACAUCCAGCUAGGCAGAAAGCGUGUGAAGCUGAAAAGGCUAGAUUUGUUUUGAAAGUUAUACAUUCCUUGCUGCUCACGUUCUGAAAAAAAAAAAAUAAAAUAAAGUUUUUAUUCUGAAUAAUAAAGAGUUAAGAACAUGUUCUUCACAGCGCAAGGGAAAGGAGAGCCCUUCAUGACGUGGGGAGUUGGGAAACUCAUCUGUAAACUCACACGAGGAUCCACUCGCC